AUGGUUCUGGCGCUGAUCGCCCCAGAACUCACGGUCACCUGGGCCACAAUACAGUUUCUAAGUGCUCGUGAUACUGCAAAGACCUUCCAAGAAAGUGAUGUCUUUGGCGUACAACUUUACCAGGCCCACAGCAAGCAUCCAGAUAUGGGAAAGAGCACAACUACGCUGCUGCUUAGCGAAAUCUUAACAUCACAUUCAGAUGGGAGGAACAGUCCACAUCCGAAUGUUCCGCAUCUUGCAGGCCGCGAUUUUAGAAAGUGGACGGUGACGCAUGGGUUUUUCUCGUGGAUGGGUGGAUUCAUACUUUGCUGCGAUAACAAGCCACGAGCUACUCUCACACCCAAGGAACUUGAGUACUUCGCAGACAUAGAAGGUCGCAGUAAAGGUGACGCAUUAUCCAAAGGAAUUGCUAUUCUGCAGCUGGGGUGGUUCGUCCUCCAGCUUGUCGCUCGUUACAUCCAGCACCUUCCCAUAACCCUUCUCGAGAUCGACACUCUGGCUAUAGUUUCUCUCGCCUGCAUGGUCUUUUGCCUAUGGUGGAAGAAGCCUAAGGACGUACGGCGUCCUUCUUUCAUCCAUUGGAAAAAUAAAACAAAAGCGCCUCCGACAGUAUUAACCUAUGAAAACAUAAAUCCAGCUUUCUCCUUGGAUGCCUGGCAUGAUUACCUUAUCCUUCUCAUCUAUCCCUUGAGGAGUCUUAUGGGCACUGCUGUCAUCAUUUCUCCCUGGGCUGUCCGAGCACGUCGGAUCCCGUCUUUAGGUGGCUAUGCUGAUGAUAAUCGUCAUGAUCGUAAUCAUGUCAUUACACUUUUCCUUGGGUGCUUCAGUGCCAUUAUAUACGGCGGACUGCAUUGUCUGGGCUGGCAUUAUUUGUUUUGGGGGCACACAGAGCAGGUGCUAUGGCGUGUGGCUUCCAUCGUGAUAGCGUCCGCAUCAGUACCUCUUCUUCUGACAUUUGGUGCGGUCAUAUUGUUUGAAUUCGCCCAUGAUGUUUGGGUUGUGAGAUUAGCUGUAGUGAUCACCGCUUUCUUAUACAUUGCUACACGCAUUACAAUAAUCGUACUUGUAAUGUCAAGCUUACGAUCACUGCCCCCUAGCGCAUACGAUACAGUGGCGUGGACCAAUUCCACCAAGUCUCGUGACUUUUAG